UCCUCUAACAUUUGAAUCCUCUGCAUCUUUCUGUCCCUGACUUCUGCAGCCAUUCUUUCCUCCUCUGCUCGUUCACUUUCUCACUCUGGUCUAAGCUCCAAGAGCAUCACCACAGUCUUCUUCUUUUCAAGUUUUGCAAGCAUCAUCACCAAAUCUCUAAUAGCAAGUGGCCUUCCAGCUUUUCCUUGGUGGGUUCUUCGUGGACAGCACCGGGUUUUAUAGCCACAGAGAAGAGAAAGUUUUAAAAGUUGGCGAAGUAAGCAUGUCGGAGAAGCAUUCUGCCAAUGGAGGUGAAGUUGUAUUGGAAGUUCGAACCGAAGUUAGCAAUGGAGCAAAAGGGUCUUCUUCAAAAGGCUCGGAAUCUUCUGCCCCCAAGCCAAGCAAAGUGGGCUCACCCGCCAAAGAGUCCACUGAGUCCAGCACUGGGGUUUCUAAGUCAGUCCCAGUGAGCUUCCCUUCCCCUGAAAUUUCAAGAUCCAGUCCCGGUAAGCCUCCCAAGAUCCCCACCGCAAAUGAGACCCUCACUAAGAGAAAGUCAUUCACUAGGUUAGUUUCCAAAGCCAAGUCAAGGUUUGGUGAACAAUCAGUACCCAUUGAUUCCAAUAUGUUUGAAGAGAGUGGUUUAGAUCAAGUUGGUGCAAAUUCUCCCUAUUCCCCAUAUAGGGGUUCAUUCAAUAGGGCUUCCCCGGGGAUUAGGACUGUUUCAAUCUCUUCGAGGGUACCAGUGAUGCCGUCUCCGGGCAGGGUCAAAGAGCAGGAGGAUGAAGAGAUUUACAAGAAGGUGAAAUUGAGUAGAGAUAAGCAUAGGAAAGUGAAGACUAAGGUCUUGUUCGAGUGGGUUGUUUUUCUGGGCAUUCUGGCUUGUUUAGUGUCUAGCUUGACUGUUGAGAAAUUAGAGAAUUUUAACAUGUGGGGGUUGGAGGUAUGGAAAUGGUGUGUGCUUGUGAUGGUGAUAUUCUGUGGCAUGUUGGUUACAAACUGGUUUAUGCAUUUCGUAGUGUUUGUCAUUGAGAGGAACUUUUUGCUUAGGAAGAAGGUGUUGUAUUUUGUUCAUGGAAUGAAGAAGAGUGUUCAGGUUUUCAUUUGGUUGGCUUUGGUUCUUCUCACAUGGCUACUGGUGUUCAAUGGUGGCAAGGUCGAGCGAUCAGAGACUUCCACCAAGAUUUUGAAUUACGUCACAUGGACUCUUGUUUCCGUUCUUAUUGGGGCAUUUUUGUGGUUGUUAAAGACUUUGUUACUUAAGAUCUUAGCAUCUAGUUUCCAUGUGAACACCUUUUUUGAUAGAAUCCAAGAAUCAAUCUUCCAUCAGUAUGUUCUUCAGACACUUUCAGGGCCUGCACUUAUAGAGGAGGCUGAGAGGGUUGGGAGAUCACCGAGCACUGGGCAACUGAGUUUCAGGACGACAAAGAAGGCUAAAGCUGGGAAGGAGAAAGAAGUGAUUGAUAUGGGAAAGCUUCAGAAGAUGAAGCAAGAGAAGGUUUCAGCUUGGACCAUGAAGGUAUUGGUGGAUGCAGUUUCUACUUCAGGGCUGUCCACUAUCUCCCAUACAUUGGAUGAGAUGGAACAUGGAGGGGUUGGACAGACAGAUAAGGAGAUUACCAAUGAGAUGGAAGCAACUGCCGCUGCCUAUCACAUUUUUUUGAACGUUGCGCCAGCUGGUUCCAAGUACAUAGAGGAGGAGGACCUCAUGAGGUUCAUGAUUAAGGAAGAGGUGGAUCUUGUGUUUCCGCUGUUUGAAGGAGCAGACACCGGACGUAUUGACAGAAAAGCUCUAACAGAUUGGGUGGUGAAGGUCUACAAUGGUCGCAAAGCAUUAGCUCAUUCUUUAAAUGACACCAAAACAGCUGUAAGGCAAUUGAACAAACUUGUGACUGGUAUCCUGGUUGUUAUUACCGUUGUAGUGUGGCUUCUAUUGAUGGAAAUUGCAACCACAAAAGUGCUUGUGUUCCUCUCAUCACAGCUCGUAGUGGCAGCUUUUAUGUUUGGAAACACUUGCAAGACAAUAUUUGAGGCUAUCAUUUUUGUAUUUGUAAUGCAUCCAUUUGAUGUUGGUGACCGCUGUGUUGUUGAUGGCGUUCCGUUGAUGGUUGAGGAGAUGAACAUCUUAAACACAGUCUUCUUGAAACUCAAUAAUGAGAAGAUUUACUAUCCAAAUUCCGUUUUAUCCAUGAAACCCAUCAGCAAUUAUUACAGAAGUCCAGAUAUGGGCGAUAUUGUGGAAUUCUCGAUUGCUUUUAUGACCUCGGUGGAGAAGAUAGGCUUGUUGAAAGAGAAAAUAAAGAAGCAUUUGGAGAGGAACUCGCAACAUUGGCAUCCUAACCACAAUCUGGUGGUGAUUGAAAUUGAAAAUCUGAAUAAGUUAAAGAUGGGUCUCUAUGUGAAUCACACUAUGAACUUUCAGGAAUUUGGAGAAAAGAAUAAGCGGCGAACUGAACUAGUCAUCGAGUUGAAGAAAAUAUUAGAAGAGCUAAACAUCACAUACAAUCUGCUGCCCCAAGAAGUUCAUAUAACUCAAACUAAAAUAGAUGCAGCUCUUGCCAGCAAAUGAUUUACUGCGGGGUAAAAAGAAGACCUCUUGAUGAUUUUACUUCUUUUCAUUUAGUUAGUAGAAUUUUGGAGGUGGAACCACCAUUUUUAGCAGACAGAUGAGAUUACUGCUGUGGAUUAGAUAAGGAAUGAAUAUGAUAUGAAAUGUUGUUUAGUUUCUAUUUUUCUUCUCUCUGUACUUUUUUGGUGGUGAAUGGUGACUUUAGACUUAUUAAUUUGAAGAAGGCAGUAUAUUUUAA